GGAGAACUUCUACCUCCUGAGUGUCUGGUUAUGGAUGCUGGCAUAGUUGAAAAAGAAGCUAUGGCAAAACUUGCCAUAGAUUCUGAGCGUUUGAAGCCGUCGUAUAGAUUGCACACAGAUUGUUUGGACGAGGCUCACCCACGUAAAAUUUUGCAGUGCAUGACUUGCCAUCAGCUGGUCGCAGUGAACAACGAACUUUUGAAGAGGAUCUGGAAUACCCAUGAACUUUCUCCUUCUCAUCGACAUCCGGCAGUUAUAGAACAAUUUCUAGAGCAAUUCGAUGUUGAGUACGUUUUGGAUGUCGACGUCCCUGAAGCCAAAUCGAGCUUGCCUAUUGAGUGGAAAACCGAAAAUGGGAUCAGCUAUGGACCAGUGUGCGGCAUAAAAUUCCUCGUUUCCUUUAACAAGCAUAGCUUCUGCCAGCUCUGUUGCUGUGAAGUUGAAUCAAUCGAGCGACAUUUUACUAGCGAAAAUCAUAUCAUGCAAUAUCUGACCAUAUCCAAUCCCGUGGAAAUGUUUCGGGUCUCUCAAUUUCCACGAGAUUCGCGGAUGGCAAGGGUUCUUGAGCUGCUUAAAAAUCCGAAAUUUGCUUUUGGAAAUGAGCAAAGCCGAAAAGUUCAUAUCGAUUGGUUCCCGAAGGAUAUGCAGGUACUGCUGAAACCUGAAGCUUACGAAUUUCCGAGUUUGAUGCCUCCACUGACUCCACUCGGGAUCGACUCUUCUUGCCUUUUUUGCACGGUACGCUAUCAUCUCAUGCGCUCUGUGUUGUCAGCUUCGAAUUAUCAUUGCCAUUAA